AUGGACUUGUGCGGUGGAGACAGCAGGCACGACACCACGCAGACGCACAGACACGGAAGAGCAAGCAGCUUCUGGGCUGAGAGGGGCUCUCGCAGCCACUGCUCACCUGAGCCGGUGGACGCGCUGUCAUCCAUGUGGGCCUCUGUUUUCACCACUCUGGUGCCUCUCAGCCUGCAUCUACUCCUGAGUGGCACUAAAGCACGCUCACCUGGUGGCCCUGCAGCACGCUCACCUGGUGGCCCUGCAGCACGCUCACCUGGUGGCCCUGCAGCACGCUCACCUGGUGGCCCUGCAGCACGCUCACCUGGUGGCCCUGCAGCACGCUCACCUGGUGCGCGCUUGCACUCACGCUUCAUUCGCACAUGGAAGGAGCACUUGAAAGAGGACGGGGGAGAGCGUGCGCAAAUCGGGCUAGCAGCAGCAGCAGCAGCAGCAGCAGCAGCAGCAGCAGCAGCAGCAGCAGCAGCAGCAGCAGCAGCAGCAGCAGCAGCAGCAGCAGCAGCAGCAGCAGCAGCAGCAGCAGCAGCAGCAGCAGCAGCAGCAGCAGCAGCAGCAGCAGCAGCAGCAGCAGCAGCAGCAGCAGAAGCAGCAGAAGCAGCAGCAGCAGCAGCAGCAGCAGCAGCAGCAGCAGCAGCAGCAGCAGCAGAAGCAGCAGCAGCAGCAGCAGCAGCAGCAGCAGCAGCAGCAGCAGCAGCAGCAGCAGCAGCAGCAGCAGCAGCAGCAGCAGCAGCAGCAGCAGCAGCAGCAGCAGCAGCAGCAGCAGCAGCAGCAGCAGCAGCAGCAGCAGCAGCAGCAGCAGCAGCAGCAGCAGCAGCAGCAGCAGCAGCAGCAGCAGCAGCAGCAGCAGCAGCAGCAGCAGCAGCAGCAGCAGCAGCAGCAGCAGCAGCAGCAGCAGCAGCAGCAGCAGCAGCAGCAGCAGCAGCAGCAGCAGCAGCAGCAGCAGCAGCAGCAGCAGCAGCAGCAGCAGCAGCAGCAGCAGCAGCAGCAGCAGCAGCAGCAGCAGCAGCAGCAGCAGCAGCAGAAGCAGCAGAAGCAGCAGAAGCAGCAGCAGCAGCAGCAGCAGCAGCAGCAGCAGCAGCAGCAGCAGCAGCAGCAGCAGCAGCAGCAGCAGCAGCAGCAGCAGCAGCAGCAGCAGCAGCAGCAGCAGCAGCAGCAGCAGCAGCAGCAGCAGCAGCAGCAGCAGCAGCAGCAGCAGCAGCAGCAGCAGCAGCAGCAGCAGCAGCAGCAGCAGCAGCAGCAGCAGCAGCAGCAGCAGCAGCAGCAGCAGCAGCAGCAGCAGCAGCAGCAGCAGCAGCAGCAGCAGCAGCAGCAGCAGCAGCAGCAGCAGCAGCAGCAGCAGCAGCAGCAGCAGCAGCAGCAGCAGCAGCAGCAGCAGCAGCAGCAGCAGCAGCAGCAGCAGCAGCAGCAGCAGCAGCAGCAGCAGCAGCAGCAGCAGCAGCAGCAGCAGCAGCAGCAGCAGCAGCAGCAGCAGCAGCAGCAGCAGCAGCAGCAGCAGCAGCAGCAGCAGCAGCAGCAGCAGCAGCAGCAGCAGCAGCAGCAGCAGCAGCAGCAGCAGCAGCAGCAGCAGCAGCAGCAGCAGCAGCAGCAGCAGCAGCAGCAGCAGCAGCAGCAGCAGCAGCAGCAGCAGCAGCAGCAGCAGCAGCAGCAGCAGCAGCAGCAGCAGCAGCAGCAGCAGCAGCAGCAGCAGCAGCAGCAGCAGCAGCAGCAGCAGCAGCAGCAGCAGCAGCAGCAGCAGCAGCAGCAGCAGCAGCAGCAGCAGCAGCAGCAGCAGCAGCAGCAGCAGCAGCAGCAGCAGCAGCAGCAGCAGCAGCAGCAGAAGCAGCAGCAGCAGCAGCAGCAGCAGCAGCAGCAGCAGCAGCAGCAGCAGAAGCAGCAGCAGCAGCAGCAGGGGUGGCAGGGGCAGCAGGGGCGGUGGCACGCACGUCGUUGCGGAAAGUCUUGACGAAGCAGUCGAGCGUGCCCUUGUACUGCCCGCUGCUGUCGCCCAUCACCCGCGACUUCACCUGCCCGCCCACGCCAGUGGGGAGGUGGUGGGGAGGCAGGGGGGGAGCGAAGGGCAAAGGGAUUAGGUACAAGAGAAGAGAGUGA